UUGUCUAUGGAAAGCUUACUUUCGUCCGUCACAGAAAGUUCGAAUUUUUAUUUUGGAAAUUCCUUUAUAACACAAUUUAGCUUUGAGGUAACUUAGUAAAGACAUAUUGUAGAAUGUGUUUAGAUAGAAUGUUCCUUUCAUAAAGUAAUUCUAGAAAAUCAUGAUGAGCAACAAUAUAGAAAACGACAGAUCAAGCUCAACUGGAAAAAUGUAUCCAAUAGAUCUUGCACCACAAAAGAUUACUAUAGUUAAGAGCAUGUCCAAUACAGAAGUGAAAAUGGCUCAUUUAAUUACUGGUCAAACAAAAACAUCAGGGUCCGGUCAAUUAAUAACUCACGCUGGCUCUGUUGGCUUAAUGCGUUCAACUGCACAAAUUAUAACUCCUGGCGUCUCAUCUCAGCCACAGAUGAUAGUAAGUGGGCCACCAAUAUUCCAAGGUACCCCAAUAAUAAGCCAAGGCUCACAGUUAUUAGGACAGACGUCACAGAUUAUAACCCAAUCACAGAUAAUAAACUCCAGCGGUAUCAUAAGUCCAGGCACACAAAUAAUUAGUCAAGGAAGCCAAUUGUCUGCACAAGUUUCUAACUCCAGUAGCGCUGUCUCUAAUAUACAAUCAAGUGUAGCAUCAUCAAUUAGUGGAACACAAGUGCUUAAUGUUGGCGGACAACUUGUGAGUGGAUCUGGCAAUUUGGUUGUCAGCUCUUCUGUUAGAACAAUACCUCCAAGUGUGCGAGUGCUACCUCCUUUACCUCAUAAUAGACCAGUACUAUCAAGUGUAAAUGUGAGUACAGCAAGUAGUGUGUUAGUGAGCAAAGCAGUGACAAGUCAUGUGCCAAGAGGUCUGGCCGCUGGAGCCUCACUGGCAGUGCGUCCAGUAACACCCAUAGCUGCCUCACAAUCUGCCGGUAAUCAAGGUGGCGGUGCAUGGUCGAGUGGGAAAAAUCGUAAUGCGCUAGUGUACCAAGGACGCGGGCUAGGGUCCCGUUCCCGCGCGCCCACGCCCACGUCUACGCCUCCCGCGGCCUCGCCCACGCCCACGCCAGUGUCGACGCCCACACCGCAGCCCAGCCAAUCUCCGCACUCCUCUAUCAUCACUUUGACAACCAGCUCCAUACUUACUUCCAGCGGAGUGAUAUCAAAUGCGGUGCGUGGGGCGGCGCCGCGCGCGCCCACGCCCACUCCCAUAUCGACGAGCACUGCGCCGCGCCCCCUGCCGCUAUUGCAAAGAAGCUACCAACCUACUAAGGUUGUCAGCGUUGCGAAUGUUGGCGUGCGCGGUGUGGUGGGCAACAGCGCGCCCUCGCAGCUGUACUACGAGGUGCCGCUCGGCAGCCAGCAGCACGUCGCGCACCAGCAGCAGCAGCAGCAGCAGCACGCGCCGCAGCUGCUACACCAGGUGCAGCAGCUGCCGCGCCCCCUCACACCAUACAACCACAACCAGGCCGCAGUACAAGUAAGCGUUGUGAACAGCGGACAGAGUGUGAAUGAGGCGCGACAGCUGGCCACCUCUCUUGCCGCCUCCACCAUCCUGCCCAGACCUUCUAUACUAAGAAAACGAGAUAUUGAUGGUUCACCGUCAAAGAUCAGUAGCUAUCUGGCGAGCGGCGGCACUUUCGCUUUGGGCGUGUACCGCGAGGUUACCAGCGGCGGCGCGCCCGGCUGGGAGGACGUGCCGGCGGGCGCGCGCGGCCCCGGCUCCGGCUCCACCACCAUGUCGGCCGCCUCCUCGCCGCCGCACGACGACACCGAGCACGCGCAGCUCGCCAUCGCACCCGCGCCCACGCACACACCCGAUCUCUCGCCGCGCAAGAAGCCUAGGAAGCAAAUGUUGAGUAAUGAGGUGCGGCAGUGCGAGUUGACGACGGAGGACGCUCCGCCCACGCCACCGCCCCCCGCCAACCCUCCCAAGCGUCCGCAGCUGGGGUCGGGGUACGUGUGCGGGUGGCGCGGCACGGCGCUGCACUUCGUGCGGCCGGCGGACGUGCGCCGCCGCGAGCCGCGCGCGCGCGACAUCCUCGCCAUCGCCAGCCAGCGCCACGUGCUCGCCAGCGCAGACGGCUGGAAGGUGCACCACCUCACCGCGCAGAUGGACGACCUGGUGAAUUGCACGUUCACACCACUACACACCAACUCACACCACCUCAAACCAACUCAAACCAACUCACAUAAUUUUCAAUAUUGUUCCCAGGGUAACAUUCAAAGGAGCAAGAUCGUUUGCGAAGGUAUACAGGAGGCGCGCGAGGACAUCCUGCGGGUGUUCAAGCACAGGAACUUCGUGUCGGACAUCUUGACGCGGCAGGCGGACAAGCGCUGCUACAGAAAACACCGUUCGCAGUCCUAGCAAAUAAUCACAGAAGUUUAUUUAAUUUUUUCCACAGAAUAUGCAAUCAUACAACCAUAGACAUAUGACAAGUCUAUGGUAUAAAUAUACACUGUAAAUAUUGUAAAUAUUGUUUACCUAUUAAACUUAUAUUUUGUAUCAGUAAUGUAACUCUUAACUAUGAAAUACCUUGAACGAGUUGUGUUUAGAUUGUAAUUAGAUUUUAUGAGAAUAAUAAAGCAACUGAUGACUUA